AUUAUAAUUACAUGAAUCCUUAUAUUAUACUGCCUUCUCUUCUUAGAAUUUGUUCGGUGAACAUCUCUAAAUCAAAUGAACAAAAUAACUAAAAAGUUGACACCAAAUCGGUUAUAACACAACAACAACAAAGAUGCCUAUUUUAGCAGGAGACUAUAAUAUCCGUGGGGAUGAAACUGAGUUUGAAACAUCCCAACAACAGAUGAGUGAAAGUGAAAUUUUUUCAAAUACAUCUGGAGCUUCGAGUGGCAACUCAAGUGACAGUGAAAGUGACAGUGGGCUCAGCUCAAGUGUGGAAAGCAAUCUCAAACCUGUUCAGAAACCUUUUACUCUUAAAUCCAAACCAUGCCCAAGACCUGUACAUGUACACAAAACUAAACACCUUCAGAAGACUCCUCAUGCAGCAAAUGCUAAGCCUGAUGAAUUUCAAUUCCUUGAUCGAAUCCAUGAUUUACUGAUGGAAGAUGGAGUUCGAGAGCACACCAAUAUCAAAAACAAAGUACUAGAAUUCCAACAUCCAGAGGAACUGAAAACAAAACUUAAUUUCGAAGUCACAGAGAAUGGAGAAUCUGACGAUGAACUGCUUAAUCUAUGCAAAACAACCAUCAAGUACAGCAUUAAAACAGGUCAUCCUAACAUGUACAAUCAACUGGGAGCAGGAGGAUUUGACCAGUAUGGAGUUGCUGGGUCUUGGCUUACAGACACCAUGAACACAAGUGCCUACACCUACGAGAUGGCACCCGUUUUUACCCUUGUUGAGGCAUCCAUCUUGAAAAAGAUGAGGUCUUGUAUUGGGUGGGAAAAUGGAAAUGGAGAUGGUAUCUUCGCUCCAGGUGGCUCACUCGCCAAUAUGUAUGCCAUCAACCUUGCCCGUCACAAGAUGUUCCCUGAGAUCAAGAAGAAGGGCAUGCAUGCAUGUAAGCCAUGCUGUGUCUUUGUGUCAUCACAAUGUCACUACUCCAUGAUGAAAUCCUGUUCAUUCCUGGGAAUGGGCUCUGACAACUGUAUCGGAGUGAAAUGCGAUGAGCAAGGCAAACUUAUCCCAUCUGAACUUGAGAAAGCCAUUGAGAAAGCAAAAUCUGAGGGCCUUGCCCCAAUUGCCGUGUUGGCUACUGCUGGAACAACUGUCAUCGGAGCAUUUGACCCCAUUGAAGAAAUGGCUGAGAUCGCUGAACACAACAACCUGUGGUUUCACGUUGACUCAGCCUGGGGUGGUGGUGCCUUGUUGUCCAAGAAAUGGCGAUACCUUCUCAAGGGCAUUGAAAGAGCUGACUCAGUCACCUGGAACCCACACAAGCUCAUGGGAGCAACCCAGCAGUGCUCUGCUUUUCUUACCAAACACGAGGGUCUUUUACAAUCUGCCCACUCCUACAAUGCCAAGUACCUGUUUCAAAAGGACAAGUUCUAUGAUGUGUCCUAUGAUACCGGAGACAAGACAAUCCAGUGCGGCCGCCGCGUAGAUUGCUUUAAGCUUUGGUUGAGCUGGAAGGCACGUGGAGAUGCUGGUUUUGAAAAGAAAAUCGAUCAAGCCUUUGACAACUCAAGACAUCUAGCUGACAGAUGUCGCACAACUCCAGGCUUUAGACUUAUGUUAGAUCCUGAGUGCACCAAUGUGUGUUUCUGGUAUAUUCCACCCAGCAUGAGAGGCCAGGAAGAAACCCCAGAAUGGUGGGCCAAAUUGAACAAAGUUGCUCCAACAAUCAAGCAGAGAAUGAUGGAGAAAGGAUCUCUGUUAGUCUGCUAUCAGCAACAUGAACAAUAUGUCAACUUCUUCCGAAUGGUUGUGAUAAGUGAUCGCUGUUUCACUAAAGAUAUGGACUUCAUCAUUGAGGAGAUAGAUCGAUUAGGUUGUGAUCUAUAGGCAUGUGUGUGAUGGUGUCUGUUUUGAAGAAGCAGUUGUAUAUAUGUAAAUCAAGUGACAGUAAGAGGCAAAGUUACCUCAAGUUUAAAACUGAGAUGUUUUUUUUAUUAUUAUUUAAUUAUGAACAAACUGAAACUUAUCCUGAGAAGAGAAGAAGCUACAGUAUGUUGAACAGUUAAAGCCAUUGCAUUACCUGGCUUAUGGCCAUUACAUUACCUGGCCUGAUCUUGUUGUAUUUAGUGCAUUAUUAUGUAAUGUUUCACCAAUGUAUCAGAGUUCUAUUUAUAUUUUUGUACAAUGUUAGUUUAAAUCAGUGGGUACAAUUUACAUAUACUGACUAGCCAUACAAUCACCUGUACAAUAGAUGUCAUUUUUGAAUCCUCAAAAAUGAGACAAUCAAUGCAAUUAGUAAUGUCUAGAUAUUUUGAUAACCUUUAAAUUCAUUGUAUAACAAUUUUGUUGUGCGCUUCCUCAUAAUUCUGUGAUUGGAUGGCUGGGAACUUUAUGUAUUGCGCUAGUUACAAGGGAUUUAGUUAUAGAUAGAACAAUAUUUAUCAUAUCGGUCAUAUCAUCCCCUUGCUUAAAAAGUUUUUUCUUCCCUUUCAAAUUAAAAUAUGCAGAAUGGGGUUUAGCAAUAAAGAAUAACAUUUUUUGCAAGGGAUUUCCAUUUCAUAUUUGCAAAACGGUAGUAUAUAAGAACCGUUUGACACUGGCAGCGUGUGAAAUAUCGCUGGACUUUGUCACAGUUCAGACCAGUGAGUGUUGAGGUGUGCUAUAUUCCUGGUCUGAAUUCAUUCAUCUUUGACUCAUCAUCACUGUUCAUAUAAAUGUUGUGUAAGUCGAUACCGUAAAGGUACUUAUUAAAAAUGCUUACUUUCAGUCGAUUAAUGUACAUGUGGUACAUAUGGUAAAGUUUGGGAUUUGGGGUUAAAGAAAAUUAUAGAUGGAUAGUUGUGUUUCCCAUAUCAAAUAAAAUGAUUUUGUUCAAGUUAAAAUUGAAUAUAGACAAUUUGCCAGAAAGAUCUAGGCACUUAAUGAGAUAUGUCAAGUUAGUGAAUCAUAAAACCACCUGAUUCCUACAUUUGGACAAAGGACUUGUUCCCAUGUACUUAAAAGACUAUCUUGCUAAAUAUGGGAACCACAAUUUUUAAGUCAGUAAAUUGGAGUUUUUGCAGUUACGUGAGGAUUUAUUAACUUUUUAAAAUAUUAUUAAGAAAUGUGUGAGGUGUUGGUUCAUAUAUUGAACAUGUACGCUAAGUUUCUUGCUCUUGCAAUGCACUGCAGUUGAACAAAUAAAACUGCAAACCAGCACUUUGUUUGGACAAAAAUGCAUUGAAACACCAUAAUGAGCACAGCAACCUGUUCAACAUAAGAACUAGAUGCAAUCAAAGCAUGUGCCAAUGUUGGGUUGCCUUUUUGCAACCAAAAUAGUUAUUAUAUAAAAACUUUUGUGUAAGAAUUUUAGAAACUUUUGAUAUGGUUUCUUAUUUUUGAUGUUCCUGGAUAAACAUUCAAAACCAUUAAGGUUUUUAAAAUUCAAAAUUAGGGUUUCAAAAAAGUGUGUGUAAAGUGGUUUUUGAUGACAAAAUUGACAACUGAAAAGAAUUUUGGACUAUGGAAUAAUGUCGAUUUAAAUACUGACAAUUAGGGGUGAGAUAAUUUGUUCAACAAGAUAGACCUGAAGUUAAAAUAUCUGCCAGCAGUGUUGCUUAGUGCUACUUAACACUCAGUGGCUAAGCAAAACCAAAUUAAGGAGUUCUAUAUUUAAUGAUCACUGUCUCCGCCAUUCUCCAACAAUGUCUUCUGGUGGUGUUUUUACUACCAGUGAUAAUUGUAGAAUGAUGAAUGUAUUUUACAACUACAGCAUCCCACAUUUAUCUAGUCCAAUCAAACUUGGCUUGGUUUCUGCUGAAGUAAAUCAUGUGGAAUUGCAGUUUGCAAGGAUGGCUAUCUUAUUGAACAAAUAUUUCUCAAAAUAUGACUGAAAUGUUGACAACUGCAUGAAUUUGGAUAUAUGGCUUGGCCUAAUGAUAAAAUACGUACAGACCAACCAUCUAUUUAUGGCAAAGGUAUAACAACAUCUUCACCUAGAGGACCAUUUUACAUCAUGUCCUAGCCAAUAUAGAGAACCGAAGUUAUUUAGGAUAACUUAAAAUUAUCAUCUCAUUAUUAUCAUCUUGAUCCAGUAGACUAUCAGUUUUUCUUUAUAUUUAGUUUGAUUAGGGGCACAUAUAUCUGUAUAUCAAAUUGCCACAUUUAUUUAAUGUCGACAUGCAAAAAGUUGAAUUGAUAUCUGUAUUUCAGUUUCUAAAUCACUGAACUAAAAAUUUGUGAAGUUCACCAAAACUAGACAUCAAUCAUUCUACUGGGUCAGAUAAUCUCAUCAAUAUUAUCAUCAUCUAGUUGUAUUUCUCUCAUUGUAUCACUAUUUCUCACUUUGAGAUUGAAUUAUGAAGAAAUAAUGUUUAUUUCAGUGUUGAGUGUGUAGAUUGUGUGAACGUUCUAAACAAGUGUAUCAUGUCAAUAGUGAAUGAUCUCCAUUACCCCUGUGCCUACACCAGUACAGAUUGAAGGACAUAUCAAAAAACACCAAAAAUUAUGGGAGAAAUCUUCGUAGAUUUCUGAAGUUUAAAAAACAAAUAUUUGCUACUUAAAGUAUCCAAAUCUUGUUAACUUCAAGAUUUUACAUUUCUGUACUUAAGAAUUUUGCACUGUUUUUACAGUCAAGGACAUCAGGGAUUUUGGUGGAUUAUUCCACUGAAAAAAAGACAAGAAUGCUGUUAUACAUCAUUACACAAAUCUAUUUUCACCAAAGAUUUAAUUUCUAGUGUUUCAAUACAAUGUUCACUUAAAUAUCAUAACCCCAAAAAAAGUAAAUAAAGGUAGAAAAAAUCAAAAA